AUGUCGGUCACCGGGACCGGUUCCUUCGGGAACAAUGAUCUCACGGCGCAGGUAGCGGGCGCGCCCUCGGCGACUCAAACAACACACGGUGGAGAAAUCAGGGUUGCUGCGGCAGUGGACGAGAAUGUCAACAGGACCCGUGACAAUUCGACAACCGAGGUUGCCAGCGACACGGCGGGCGAAGAGACGGAAAAUGUCGAGGAUGCCAUAGAACUGGAGCGCCGGCACAGCAUUGUGCAGUCUCUGGCGAAGCAGUACUCCAGGAGGUCACAUGCGAACGGCGAAGCCGGCUCCAACCCGUUUGCCAUCGCAUCCGAGGACAAGGACUCGCCGUUGAACCCCAAUGGCCCCAAUUUCAGUGCCCGCGCCUGGGCCAAGGCCGUGGUUAACCUCGCAGCCGGCGAGGGCCACAAGUGGCGCACCAGCGGCGUUGCCUUCCAGAAUCUCAACGUGCACGGCUUUGGUUCGCCGACGGAUUACCAGAAGGACGUCGUCAACGUGUGGCUCGAGGCCGUCGGCCUUGUUCGCAAGCUCACUGGUCAUGGAAAACGCCGGAUCGAUAUCCUUCGCGACUUUGACGGCCUCGUUCGCAGUGGUGAGAUGCUGGUGGUGCUGGGACCCCCAGGCUCAGGCUGCAGCACCUUUUUGAAGACCAUUGCCGGUGACUACAACGGCAUUUUCAUUGAUGACAAGUCUUAUUUCAACUACCAAGGCAUGACCGCUAAGGAGAUGCACACCCAUCACCGGGGCGAGGCCAUCUACACUGCCGAAGUGGACACGCAUUUCCCGCAGCUGACCGUUGGCGAAACCCUGACCUUUGCCGCCCACGCUCGAGCUCCGCGCCAGUUACCCGACGGUGUCUCCAAGACCCUCUUCGCCAACCAUGCGAGAGACGUCGUCAUGGCCAUGUUCGGCAUCAGCCACACCAUCAACACGCGCGUCGGCAACGAGUACAUCCGUGGCGUGUCGGGCGGCGAGAGGAAGCGUGUCACGAUUGCCGAGGCCGCCCUGUCAAACGCCCCCCUACAAUGCUGGGACAACAGUACGAGAGGCCUGGACAGCGCCAACGCCAUCGAGUUCUGCAAGACACUCAGGCUACAGACCGAGCUCUUCGGGAGCACCGCCUGCGUCUCCAUCUACCAGUCCCCCCAGAGCGCCUACGACCUCUUCGACAAGGCACUCGUGCUCUACGAAGGCCGCCAAAUCUUCUUUGGAAAGGCCUCGGACGCAAAGCAGUAUUUCAUCAACCUGGGCUUCGAGUGUCCUGCACGCCAGACUACGCCCGACUUCCUCACGUCCAUGACCAGCCCUCAGGAACGGAUCGUCCGCCCCGGCUUUGAGAACAAAGCUCCUCGCACGCCCGACGAGUUCGCCGCCGCCUGGAAGCAGAGCGCCGAGUAUCAUGCCCUUCAAACCGAGAUCGAGGAGUACAAGCAGAGCCACCCUAUCAACGGACCGGAUGCCGAGGCUUUCCGAGCCUCCAAGCAGGCCCAGCAGGCCAAGGGUCAGCGCCUCAAGUCGCCCUACACCCUGUCGUACAUGCAACAAAUCAACCUGUGCCUCUGGAGAGGCUGGAGACGCUUGAUUGGGGAUCCUAGCAUCACCAUGGGAUCGCUUAUCGGUAACUUCGUUAUGGCUUUGAUUAUCGCGAGUAUCUUCUAUGAUCUGCAGCCGACAACGUCCAGCUUCUACCAGCGAGGCGCUCUUUUGUUCUUUGCUUGCCUGAUGAACGCAUUCGCCAGUGCCCUCGAGAUUCUGACCCUUUACGCUCAACGUCCCAUUGUCGAAAAGCACGAUCGCUAUGCCCUCUACCACCCGUCCGCCGAAGCGGUUGCCUCCAUGAUAUGCGACAUGCCCUACAAGAUUGCGAACGCCAUCAUAUUCAACAUCACGCUGUACUUCAUGACCAACCUGCGUCGGGAACCUGGAGCCUUCUUUUUCUUCCUGCUCAUCUCCUUCGCCACCGUCAUAGUCAUGUCGAUGAUCUUCCGGUCCAUCGCCAGCAUGUCGAGGACUUUGUCCCAGGCCAUGGUCCCCGCUGCUAUCCUGAUUCUCGGUCUCGUCAUCUUCACUGGCUUCGUCAUCCCGAUCGAUUACAUGUUACCCUGGUGCCGUUGGAUGAACUACAUUGACCCUCUGGCCUACGCAUUCGAGUCACUCAUGGUCAAUGAAUUCCACAACCGCAACUUUGAAUGCACCCAGUACGUUCCGAGCCAGCAAUUCCCAGGCUACGAGAAUGUUGGCCCCUUCAACCGCGUCUGCUCUUCCAUUGGCUCGGUUCCUGGCCUGGCCUUUGUAAAAGGCGACGACUACAUCAACUCGGGUUUCCGCUACUACAGUGAACACAGGUGGCGCAACUUUGGCAUCCUUAUUGCAUUUGGAGUCGGAUUCCUCAUCAUCUACAUGGUGGCUGCCGAGAAUGUUGCGGCCAAGAAGAGCAAAGGCGAAGUGCUCGUGUUCCGUCGCGGGCACAAGCCUGCCUCGUUCAAGGAGCACAAAGGCGAUUCCGAGUCUGGCGGUGUUCCUGUCGCCGGCCCUGUUCAGAUUGCCCGCAACAAGGAGGCUUCUGAUGGCCACUCGUCCGACGGCAUUCUGCAGAAACAGACCAGCGUGUUCCACUGGAACAAUGUCUCCUACGAAGUCAAAGUCAAGGGCGAGACGAAGCGCAUCUUGGACAACGUCGACGGCUGGGUCAAGCCUGGCACUUUGACGGCUCUGAUGGGUGUUUCGGGAGCCGGGAAAACGACCCUUUUGGAUUGCUUGGCUGACAGAACCUCCAUGGGCGUCAUCACGGGUGAGAUGCUUGUCGACGGCUGCCCCAGGGACGCGUCCUUCCAACGCAAGACGGGAUACGUCCAACAGCAGGAUCUCCAUCUCCAGACGACAACAGUGCGCGAGGCCCUAAACUUCAGCGCACUGCUACGCCAGCCCGCCCAUGUCCCUCGCGCCGAGAAGCUUGCCUACGUCGACGAGGUCAUCAAGCUCCUCGAGAUGGAAGAGUACGCCGAUGCUAUCAUUGGUGUACCCGGUGAAGGUCUCAACGUGGAGCAACGGAAGCGCCUUACUAUCGGUGUCGAACUCGCCGCCAAGCCGCCUCUCCUCUUGUUUGUGGACGAGCCGACUUCAGGUCUCGACAGUCAAACCUCGUGGGCUAUCCUGGACCUCCUGGAGAAGUUGACCAAGAGCGGCCAGGCCAUCCUCUGCACCAUCCACCAACCUUCGGCCAUGCUUUUCCAACGCUUUGACAGGCUCUUGUUCUUGGCCAAGGGCGGCAAGACGGUCUACUUUGGCGACAUCGGAAAGAACUCCAAGACCAUGACGUCGUAUUUCGAACGCAAUGGUGGUUUCCCCUGUCCUCCCGAGGCAAACCCUGCCGAAUGGAUGCUCGAGGUCAUCGGUGCCGCUCCAGGAAGCACGACCGAAAUUGACUGGCACAAGACGUGGCGGGAGAGCCCGGAGUAUUCGGCCGUCCAGGAAGAGCUGCAGCGCCUCAAGGCCAACGCAAAGGAUACCAACCCCGUGUCUGCUGACGAUCCGGGAAGCUAUCGGGAGUUCGCCGCACCUUUCUGGCAGCAGCUCCAGUCCGUCACGCACCGAGUCUUCCAGCAGUACUGGCGCACGCCGUCCUACAUCUACUCCAAAGCGGCCUUGUGUAUCCUGGUUGCCCUUUACAUUGGUUUCGUCUUUUACAAGGCUCCCAACUCGAUCCAGGGUCUUCAGAACCAAAUGUUCGCCAUUUUCAACAUUCUCACCAUCUUCGGCCAGCUCGUGCAGCAGACAAUGCCGCACUUUGUCAUCCAGCGCUCGCUGUACGAGGUCCGUGAGCGGCCGUCCAAGGUCUACAGCUGGAAGGUGUUUAUGCUGUCGCAAAUCAUCGUCGAGCUGCCGUGGAACACUCUGAUGGCGGCACUGAUGUUCUUCUGCUGGUACUAUCCCGUCGGGUUGAACGCCAACGCCGCCGCCGCCGGACAAACCGCCGAGCGGGGCGGGCUCAUGUUCCUGCUGCUCGUGUCCUUCCUGCUCUUCACGUCGACCUUCACAGACUUUAUGAUUGCCGGCUUCGAGACGGCCGAGGCGGGCGCCAACUUUGCCAACCUGCUCUUCAUGCUCUGCCUCAUCUUCUGCGGCGUCCUGGCCAACCCGGACACCAUGCCCCGCUUCUGGAUCUUCAUGUACCGUGUCAGCCCUUUUACCUAUCUGGUUAGCGCCAUGCUGUCGACGGCCGUUGCCAACACCAACGUCGUCUGCGCCGCCAACGAGUACAUGAAGUUCCGCCCGCUUAACGGGACCACCUGCGAGGAGUACAUGGCCAGUUACAUCAACGGUAUCCCCAGCCUUGGCCUUCCUGGCGCCGGCGGCUAUCUCCUGGAUCCUACGGCCACGGACGAAUGCGCCUUCUGCACUAUCCGCGAUACAAACACGUUCCUUGCCUCGGUGAAGUCCAGCUAUGACGACAGGUGGCGCAAUUUUGGGCUCAUGUUUGUGUACAUUGCCUUUAACGUGGCCGCCGCUCUGUUUGUCUACUGGCUUGUAAGAGUGCCCAAGAAUAAGCUUGGGAAGAAGAAGAAGCAGGACUAG